AUGAUGCGAACUGCCAGCCAACUGCCCCUCGUCAGUGGCCACACGCACCCGAACCCGCUUGCCUCGCACGCCCCCGCACCCCUCGCCAUGAACGGCUCUGCGCCUCCUCCUGCGCCUGCAGAAGUUGCUGUCUCAACGCGCCCCGGCACCGCUGCUGCAGCUGCCAAUGCCUUGUCUGCUUCAGACAUGGACCAUAACGCCCCGCCUGCCCGUCCAGCCUCGACUGGCCAACCCUCUGUCCGGCCAGGCUUUGGACGGGCCAAGAGUGACUUUGGACCUCGCCAUGCUGUCGGUCCCCCAGAGAGCACCGCCGACGAGGGCAGCGUCGAUGGCCAUUUCAAGAUUCGCCAUGGGUGGGAUGACCAGCUGAACUCGGAAGAGUACAGCAACCUGCUCACCUCAAACUUCUUCAUGUACUACACCGACAAGAAGCAUGAGUCUGGCGGUCACCCCAAGCACGAGGACACAGCUUUUCCUGUCCAAGAAUGGCGAAUGCGCGACCGCCUCAAAACUGUCUCGGCCGUCCUUGCCCUCUGCCUCAACAUAGGUGUUGAUCCGCCCGACGUCAUCAAGACGAAUCCAUGUGCCAAGGAGGAGUGCUGGAUAGACCCGACCGUCACCUCCCAGACGCCAGGUCACACACCCAUGAACCAAAUUGGAAAGGCCCUACAGACGCAGUACGAGCAGCUGAGCAUGCGCACGCGCUACAAGCUUCUUCUCGAUCCUACUACGGAAGAGACGAGGAAAUACACGUCGACCCUUAGGCGCAAUGCCCGCAACGAGCGAGUCUUGUUCCACUACAACGGCCACGGCGUUCCGAAACCCACAUCCUCGGGCGAAAUCUGGGUCUUCAACCGAAACUACACUCAGUACAUACCCUUGUCGCUUUACGACUUGCAGUCUUGGAUCGGGGCGCCGAGUCUGUUUGUCUACGACUGCUCCGACGCCGGCCUUAUUAUCACAAACUUCAAUCGGUUUGCCGAGAAGCACCAGACGGAGUUUGAGGAAGCUCGGCGGCGGGAUCCCAGUGUUGAGCACGUUGACUUCAGUGAUUGCAUCCAUUUGGCAGCGUGCAGGGAUAAGGAAUCCCUUCCUACCAACCCGGAACUGCCUGCUGACAUCUUCACCUCUUGCUUGACUGACCCCAUCACCAUGGCCGUGCGCUUCUUCAUCUUACAGAACCCACUCCCAACAAAGGUCAGCUUACGAGAUGCCCACAAUAUCCCAGGCAAGGUCUCUGAACGUAGAACGCCCAUUGGCGAACUGAACUGGAUCUUUACAGCCAUCACCGACACCAUUGCUUGGAACUCUCUUUCCAAACCCCUCUUCAAGAAGCUGUUCCGUCAGGACUUGAUGGUUGCUGCCCUGUUCCGCAACUAUCUUCUCGCCCAACGUGUCAUGCGUGCAUACCACUGCCAUCCUGUCUCGCAUCCUGAAAUCCCACAGACUCAUGACCAUCCAUUAUGGCGCAGUUGGGAUCUUGCCGUUGAGCUGAUUCUGGCUCAGCUACCAGAUCUCCAAGCAGAGGCUCGUGGCGAAAAGGAAUAUGUCUACAAGCAUUCUGAUUUCUUCGCCGAGCAGUUGACCGCUUUCGAGGUGUACCUCACCCAAGGCGCAGUCGAGCAGAAGGUCCCCGAACAACUCCCUAUAGUGCUUCAAGUGCUGCUUAGUCAGGUGCACCGACUCCGCGCACUAAUUUUACUAUCAAGUUUCUUGGACCACGGCCCUUGGGCUGUGAAUCUUGCACUGAGCAUUGGCAUCUUUCCAUACGUGCUGAAACUACUACAAUCCCAAGCAAACGAGCUCAAGCCAGUCAUGGUAUUCAUCUGGGCUCGAAUUCUUGCAGUUGAUCAAUCCUGCCAAGCCGACCUUCUCAAAGACAACGGUUACCAAUACUUCAUCAACAUAUUCAACCCGAACUCUGGCAUACCGAUUCAGAACGCCAGCGAACAUCGCGCCAUGUGCGCCUUCAUCGUCUCGAUAUUUUGUAAAGACUACAAUCAAGGCCAGCGUGCCUCACUAAGCGUCGAGCUCGUAGAGAGCUGCCUAGAUCAUGUCAAAGACGUGCAAAACCCAUUGCUGAGGCAAUGGUCGUGCCUUUGCCUAAGCAAGCUCUGGGUCAACUACGAAGAAGCCAAAUGGGAGUCCAUUGCAUCAAUGAUCCUCAUCAUGACCAUGGACGGAAACAGCAUGGUGCGCAAAGAGCUCCUCAUCUUCUUUUCCACAUUCGUUGCCCGCUACAAGACACGCUUCAUUGUCGCAGCUUUCGAGCAACUUUCCGAGGAACACAGUGACAUAAAACCAAGGCAACCCGAGGACAAGAGCGGCGACGGGCUCUACAUGAAGACGCGUACCGGGGCAUCGGGCAGUAUCUCCGAGUCGUCAUCCUGUUCGCAAAACACAAUUUACGCGGCAAUAUGGAAAGAGCUGCUGGUCAUGUCAGUAGACCCACAUCCUGAGAUUGCGAAAGACGCUGGGAUCGUCGUGGAUUAUAUUUUAAUCUCGCUCAUGGAAUCCUCGCUCGCCAAGUUCGCACAGCCGCACCUUGAUGAAGCUCUCCAGCAUGUUCCAACCCCUCGGCCAAUGCGGCGCGUUCAAGAAGAAGGCUCUGUUCCGCAAAAGGCUUCUAAUCCUCCAACACCGACAAAGGAUUCUACCUAUCUCUCCCUUUUCGGUGGUAUUAGAAAAUCCACAAGCGUUGGUGCUUCGCUAAAAAGUCUCUGGGCAGGUCAGGAUCCAUCUGCCUCUCGGCAGAAGCCUGGCAAGACUGCCGGCGAAGACUCUCAUGUGCCUGCUGUAUCUCGCCCACAAACACCGGAAAGGUAUCACGUCGAAGAACAACCCAUGUCACGAGGUUUCAAGAGCCGGAACCUGAGCGAGAAGCCGGAGAUCCCUCUCAAGAGUACAUUUUACGAGUGGUCGGUUGAGUACUUCCGCGAGCCUCAAAUGAAGCCGACAGAGGCCGACGAGCCUGGAAGUACAGACUACAACGGCAGGCUCUGGCGGAGGAAUCGCAAUGACAGAAUUAUCGCCGAGACCCAACCGUUGAAAGAAAUUGCUGUUUCUAACCGCUGGGAUGUACCACGAGGAUACGUUGACAACCUCAGCCAGCCUGCAAAGAUGUGUUUCCAUCAGUUCGAAGACCAUCUUGUCGUGACGGACACGCGGGACACGGUCAAUAUUUUUGAUUAUUCAAAAUCGGUCAGCAGGAUUAACUGCUUCUCCAAUGGAAAUCCUCCUGAAUCAAAAAUCACCGAGGUGCGAUUCAUCAACGAGGACGAUCAAGCACUGUUGAUGACCGGGUCAUCAGACGGAGUGAUCAAGAUAUUUCGCAACUACGAUCGCAAAGGCGAGACGGAGGGCUUGAUCCUCGUCGCUGGUGACGUCAAGGUCAUUCGCGUGUGGAAUGCUGGAACCGAAGUGUGCACGAAUGACCUUCCAGCGCGUUCGGGUUCUUGUAUCACGUCUUUGACCUCUGAUCAAGUAGAGGGCGAUGUUUUCGUUGCUGGUUUCGGUGACGGGGCCAUUCGAGUGUACGACCAACGUGAGAAGCCUGCCACUGCUAUGGUCAAAGUCUGGAAGGAACACAAACAAUGGAUCACCAACGUCCAUCUACAGCGUGGCGGGCAGCGUGAGCUCGUGAGUGGCUGUCGUGGUGGCGAAGUUAAACUAUGGGAUAUCCGCUGGGAUCGAAGCGUGAAGACGAUACAGGCGACUUCCGAUACUCUCAAGACGCUCAGUGUUCACGAACACGCUCCAGUGUUUGCCACUGGCACACAACGACAUCGCGUCAAGAUCUUCAACAUUAACAACGGCCAACCUGUAUCUCACUUUGAGCCAUACUCAGGCUUUCUUCGCGAUCGAUCUGCUCCCAUCUCUGUCACUGCUUUCCAUCCUCACCGAUUGAUGAUAGCCGCCGCAGCAGUGCAUGACACCCACGUCAACAUCUUCUCAUGCCUAGAGCCCAAAUACUCGGCUGUCAAAACCGUGAAGCUUUGGGACGGAAAUGCGUCAACUUCCAGUCGGGCUUCGACACUUGGUUAA